AUGUCUGUCAUCUUUGAAUACGCAUACACAGUCCCUUUCCCAAAGGACUCGAAGAUCACCUGGGCUCAGGCCUUCGAGGCCAUGCGCUAUAAGGCUGCCGCUCCAAUGUCCUUCGUACCCAGCAUCGCAGCAGCUGAAAUUCUAGAACAGAGCUCCGAAUUCAUUAAACGGAAGACGACGAUGAAGACUGGAGUUCAAGUGGUAGAGGAAAUUCAUUUGUAUGCUCCGUGUUUGGUAACGUUCAAAGCCGAUAACGGCCAAUUUGUUACCAAUGUGAUUUCGGAGAACACUCAAGGAGAGCUUCUCAUGACCUUCACUUUCCAUAUGCCCAUCCCGGGCGUCGAGCCUGGAAGCGAAGCUGCAGAAGAGAAGCUCAAGGAGUUGAAGCAGCGGACUCAGGAAGGGGUCUCGCAAAGUAUGAAGACUACUAUGGUGAUGUUUGAGGAGGGAAAGCUUAACUAG